AUGUCUGACGUUCCAGCUUCCGAGGGUAGGGAAGUCAUCACCUUGCAGCUAGGAACUCUGAGUAAUUUCAUUGGAGUCCAUUUUUGGAAUCUCCAGCAAGCGACCUUGCCAGCUACCUCAAAGUCCAGCUCUCUCAAUCCUGCUGCAUCUGUUUUCGAUGCUAAUGUAUUGUUCGAGAGUUUGGCCUGUACCAGCAGACCAAGGCUGUUGGCUGUCGACUGGCACGAUAUGAUUGAUUUCGGUGCUGCUUCUGAUUGGGUUACACAACCUGACUCAGUGGACUGCUCUUUAUGGAGUGGAAAAAUUGACAGAGUAUUCAGAUCGGAUACUGUUCAGAGGACCAAUUCUAAGACCAUUCGUUCACGUUACUGGACUUCUUGUCUCACACCAGCUGCCCGACACCUCUGGUUUGAACAAGAUAUUGCUUGCGUCAUCCCUGAACCUUUGCCUACUCGCGUUGGACAUGCUGACAUUUCCGUGACAUCCUUUUUCCAGGGUGUCGACAUACUGUCUCCUGGAAAAGUUUUUUCCGACGAGUUCGAAGAUCAAUUUCGCCGUAAAAUUGAACGAUGUUCUCUUCUCAGCGGAGUUCAGAUGCUGGUCGAUGGAGAAGGCGCCUUCGCCGGUAUAGCCUCACGUCUUUUGGACUACAUGGACGAAGAGCUACCCAAACGUGCUCUUCUCGCUGUUCCUGUUUAUCAUACCUCGGCACUUUCCUCGCUUGACCGGAAAGGCCAGUUACUCGCCAAGGCCAAUCAACUGGCUCUGUUGGUUCACCUUGAACCCUGCGGGAAUCAUCUUACUCGUGGAGCUUGGUUGCCGUUCGACUUAUCCUCUUUCAACGACGCUACUGAUCACUGUUUUAAGAGUGGUUUGGUUGCUGCCACUUUGGAUGCCAUCACAACCUGGAUGCGAUUGGAACGCUCCCACGGAGGUGUUUCAUUGGAUGAAUUCAUCACAACGGGUCAGCAGUUACAUGGAAAACGUAUGUUUUCCCCGCGCGUUGGAUAUAGUACGAACUACGAGGGAUACGAUCGUCUUACUUGGAAAUCACUUAGUCCGUACAACGUGAAUUCUGACAGCACAUCCGUGGAAUCGAACAAAACUAUCUUGUGGCGACAGUUUACACCACGUGGUAUACCAGUUAAGUGUCUGCACCCUUUCUUGGGCGAUGAAUCCUCCGCGGGGACCAGUGCCGAUAGUCAUCACCCAGUGUUUCGAUUACCCGGACUUCAAUCCGGUGCAGCGGUUCGGAUCAUUGCUUCCGGAUCGGACGUGCCAAUGUGCCCGUUUUUGAACACAAACACCAAACACCCGUGGUGCGACCAACCGUCGUCUGUUUCAAUGAUUAGUAUCUUAGAUGUGCCUGGUAACAGAUCCUCCGAAUCAAUUGGCCUUAAGAGGUUGUUCGAUGAAGUGCGAAUAACUUCGUCCUAUCCACUGUUCGAAGACGUUGAAAGGGAUUUGUGGCGAGAAUAUUUGGAAAUGGCUCAAACUUGUUUGGUCGACGCCUACUCCGACAAUCAGCAUGACUCCUGUAGAUAGUUUUGUUUCGUUCCCUAGAAUGAACGUAUGAAACGCAUGUACGAAGUCAAAAUUUCAGGAAAAGAUUUGUACAGUUUUUUAUACUUUCUGUAAAUACUUCAUUUACACGUGGUCUCGUUGGUGUUUUUUUGCAAACAUUCCGUCACCAAUCGAAGUUACAUCAUCAGUGCGCUCUUAGGAGCGGCGGAGCUAUAAGAUGGUGAUGUGCAGGAAUUUAUAUUCAUGCCUCUAAAGCUAUGACUGUCGUUUAUAAUUGGUUGACUAAAUGCGUAAUCUUGUUGGGUG